AUGCAAGAUGCUCUAAUGAAUAGUACAGAACUAUUUUUAAAAGAAAUAUUAUCCAGUCUAAGAAUUGAUCCAUCCAUAGCUGAUCCACCAGUUAUAAUAGAAAAUCCUGUUUAUGGAAGUCUUACUCCUAAAUUUAUAAAUUUUGCUGCACCAGGAAUGAUGGUACCAAUAAUAUUCUUUUUGGCAACUGGUUUAACAGGAUUAAUAUUUGUUGUUGAGGAAAAAGAAGGUCUUUUAGAACGUAGUUGGAUUGCCGGUGUUACAACAAUUGAAGUUAUAUGUGCACAUAUAAUUGUUAAAUUUUUCAUACAAAGUAUUCAAAUAAUAUUAUUACUUACUUUUACUGACUACAUAUUUAAAGUUCGUUGUCGCUUUUUAUAG